UUUUGAGUCUGGCGCAGUAGCGGAGAGUGGGCUUAUUGAGAGGGGCUUUUCUUGGGAUGAGAACUGAUCUCCUGCCUUUCUUUUGGAGGCACACCCUGGUUUAUUCUCCUCAGCCUACGAUCUGAUCUCUGGACAAUCUCUCCUCAGGAGAUUCUCAGAUCUCCGAGGACACUGGACCCUUGGCAGUUCUCUCUGAGGCAGAGGAGCGAACCGUUUGCUUCCUAAGUGCAUAAGCUACACGCAUACGCACGCACACUCGGGCACACACACAGGCACACACCCUCACGCGGAGGCGGAUCUCGCCCACCGAGGCCGCCCAGUCCGCUCCCCUCCUGCGCUCAGCAUCCUCGGCCCAUCGCGCCUCGGCCCACCAUGGAGGUGCUGGAGAGCGGGGAGCCGAGCGUCCUGCAGUGGGACCGCAAGCUGAGCGAGCUGUCAGAGCCCGGGGAGACCGAGGCGCUCAUGUACCACACGCACUUCUCGGAGCUUCUGGAUGAGUUUUCCCAGAACGUCUUGGGCCAGCUCCUGAACGACCCUUUCCUCUCAGAGAAGAGCGUGUCGAUGGAGGUGGAGCCGUCCCCGACGUCCCCGGCGCCCCUCAUCCAGGCCGAGCACAGCUACUCCCUAUGUGAGGAGCCUCGGGCCCAGUCGCCAUUCACCCACAUCACCGCCAGCGACAGCUUCAAUGAUGAUGAAGUGGAGAAUGAGAAAUGGUACCUGUCUCCAGACUUUCCACCAACAACCAUCAAGACAGAGCCCAUCACGGACGAGCCACCCUCGGGACUCGUCCCCUCUGUCACGCUGACCAUCACUGCAAUCUCCACCCCAUUUGAAAAGGAGGAAACCCCUCUGGAAAUGAACGCUGGGGUUGAUUCCUCAUGCCAGACCAUUAUUCCUAAGAUUAAGCUGGAGCCUCAUGAAGUGGAUCAGUUCCUAAACUUCUCUCCCAAGGAAGCCUCCGUGGACCACCUGCACUUACCACCCACUCCUCCCAGCAGCAACAGCAGCGACUCCGAGGGCAGCCUGAGUCCCAGCCCGCGCCUGCACCCCUUUGGCCUUCCGCAGACCCACAGCCCCGCCAGGGCCCCGGCGCGGGCCCCCUCGGCGCUGGCCAGCUCCCCGCUCCUCACUGCCCCUCAUAAGCUGCAGGGAUCAGGCCCCCUGGUCCUGACGGAGGAGGAGAAGAGGACCCUGAUCGCCGAGGGCUAUCCCAUCCCCACCAAGUUGCCCCUGACGAAAUCAGAGGAGAAGGCCCUAAAGAAAAUCCGGAGGAAAAUCAAGAAUAAGAUCUCAGCCCAGGAAAGUAGGAGGAAGAAGAAAGAAUACAUGGACAGCUUGGAGAAAAAGGUAGAGUCUUGUUCAACGGAGAACUUGGAGCUUCGGAAGAAGGUGGAGGUUCUGGAGAACACCAACAGAACUCUCCUGCAGCAGCUGCAGAAGCUUCAGACUUUGGUGAUGGGCAAGGUUUCUCGCACCUGCAAGCUGGCCGGCACACAGACUGGCACAUGCCUCAUGGUCGUGGUGCUGUGCUUUGCCGUGGCGUUCGGCAGCUUCUUUCAGGGCUAUGGGCCCUAUCCUUCUGCCACCAAGAUGGCCCUGCCCAGCCAGCAUUCCCUGCAGGAACCCUACACAUCCUCCGUGGUGAGAUCCAGGAACCUGCUGAUCUAUGAGGAACAUUCUCCCUUGGAGGAGCCGCCCAGUUCUGCCUCAGCUGGGGAGCUGGGACGCUGGGACCGAGGCUCUGCUCUGCUUAGGGCAAAAGGGCUGGAGUCCAGGCCAGACGUGGAUCUUCCCCAUUUCAUUAUCUCAAAUGAGACCAGCCUGGAGAAAUCAGUGCUUUUGGAGCUGCAGCAGCACAUGGUCAGCACCAACCUGGAGGGGAAUGAGACACUAAAAGUUGUAGAACUCGACAGAAGAGUGAACGCCACCUUUUAAAGAGGCUAUCGCCACCUCCCUCUGUCUCUUCACUUUGCCUUUACCUCUCCAAACCACCUUUUGUCAUAAGCUUUUCCUUUUUGCCCACCCAAUCUGGACGAAGACCUGGACCAGCAGUCCUGGCUCUGGAUGGGAGGACGGACGGCCUGGAAUUUCCGCCUGCGGUGAGAGAGCGCCUCCCCCGGUCCCACGUCCCUCCCUGCAGAGGAGCCCUCGCUUACUGCCAUAGGCAAUUAUCUUCGGUCGGGGUGGGACAAGCAGGCUUGUUUCUACCGACAGUGCCAAAAAGAUACGGCCCGAGUCUCACCGGGGUGGGUGUGACUGCCUCCUUGAAGAAGAGCUGACUGUUGUUCACUCGAGACCCCACAAAAAUUUACCAGGAUGCUCGUUGGAAUCUGGCGAAGCACUGACUGACGUCCUGCCUUCCUCAGCCUGGCUCUGCGGUGCCCCGCGGGCGCCCCCUGCCGCUCUGCCCUGGGCCCCGGCCCAGGGUUCCUUCGCCGGAGCAAGGCGCCCCCUUCGUACUCUCAGGCCGCAAGUGCAAUGCCUGAAGGAAUCAGGCUUCUCUACUCCAGGCAAACCUGCCCCGUCAUGUUGCUUGUAGGAUUUCUCCACAGUCUGUGUCCCCACACGCCCCUAGUUCUGCCUCCCUGGCUUCUCCUCCCCAUUUGUAAAUAGUAUUUAUUAGCUUGCAGAGGCUUCCCCGGGCGACCACUGAAGACAUCGGGACGCCUCCCCUCCAGGCUCACAAGGUCCUCUGUUGGCCUGUGGAGCGAAGAGGGCAGCCUGGACUCUGGGAUUCCCCAUUCUUCCAGGCCGUGUUUUGUUUUGUGUUUUCUUCUUCUUUUUUUUUUGGCUGGAGGCUUCUAAUUAUAGUUGGGGAACCUCCCUAAGCACGUGUCCUCCUGGAGCAUGAACUCAGAGAAGAGGGAGCAGGGCUCAGGUCUGAGGCUCUGUGGACAGGUGCUUUUUCUGCCCUGUGCCCAUGCCAGGGAAGCCCUGACCCCAGGCGUUUCAGACAGCCAUGCUAGCUCAGUUUUCCCCACCUGCCCCGACUCGUCUGCCUUCCUUUCCUCUUCUGCCUCCAUACAGAGGCUGGGCCUGAGGCCUGCUCCUGGGGUCAGAGCAGGUGACAUUUGUGUAUCUGUGUCUUACCUUUUCUAGUCAGGUUUGGCCACUUUGCAGCUCACCCAAAGAGACAUGACCUAA